UUUAGGAGUGUGUUUAUGGGAUUUAAAAACAUUUUAUUUAUUUUUUACCAUUCUUCCAGAAGCACAAUUGUGAGGUCACGCAAUGAUGUUGGACGAGGACUGGCUCUUUGUCGCCGCUCUAAUUCAACCCAAAGAUGUUUUAUUACAUUGAGGGCAGGGCUCUGUGCAGGCCACUCAAGUUUAUCCACACCAAACUCUCUUAUCCAUGUCUUUAUGGACCUUGCUUUGUGCACCAGUGCACAGACAUGUUGGAACAGGAAGGGGUCACCCCCAAACUGUUUGUUUGUCCAAAAUCUCUUGAUAUGCUGAAGCAGUCCGAAUUACAGAGUUCUUUUUUUCCCCCCACUGGAACUAAUCGAGCCAAUAUUUUGGACAAUUAUAUGCCUCCAACUUUCCAACUCAGUGUGUAUACAUACAUACAUAGCAUACUCUCUGGCCAAUCUCAUUCUCAUGAAAAUCGGUUGAGAAAUGAUCACGUCACGACUUCAUUUCAGUGUCCAUGCGUUGGUUUCUAUGGGAACGACCACUUCCCCAACAUGUGAAAACGUCUUUUAUUUUGACAAAUCAAACCGGAAAUACAAAUACCAACGACGAAGAACUCAAGUAAUUUGUUCAGGAAAUAACCAGAGCGAAGAUACGUGAAGGUGUACGAUAAGUGCUUUUUGUGACCAUGCCUGUGCUAUGAUAUGUUAUUUUUUAUUGUUAGUGACAUAUUUGUUGUCAUUUUACUCCAUGGAUGGCAAGUAAUCAGUGGACAACCGAGCAGAAAAUGACGCUAACCGGUGGAUUUACACAAGCGGCGUAAAACGGUCAUUCCGCUUUUUUAAAUUAUUAUUAUUAUUAUUUUUUUUUUCGUAAGCAUGCCGGUCCAGUUUGUCUACGGGAAGCAGGACUUUGUUCAAGACGUGCCUUGCAACACUGAUAGCAUAUCCCGGAAGGAAUAUGAGUCGAGAUUUGAUUCAGCCAUCCGAGCUGGAUGGACGGACAGGAUGGCGAGGGGGCUCUUCCGUUACCAUUUGGGGGACUUACAAACACGCAUCCUCCCUGGCCCGUGUGGUUUUGUGGCCCAGUUGAAUGUCAAGAGAGGACUUGAAAGAAGGAAGCCUCAGGAGAUCCUCAGUAUUCGGCAGGAUUUCAACGCCGAGCAGUUUCAUUUUAAUAAGGUCAGUCCAGAUGAGAUCAUAUUUGAGAUGAAAGAUUCCGAGGAAGGGCACGAAAUUGGCCAUCAUCCAUGCAAGACUGUUGUGUUGGUCAACGUCAGUCCUCUGGAGUUUGGACAUUGUCUCUUUGUUCCAGAUCCAGCCCGCUGCUUUCCUCAGGUUCUCACAAGGUUUGCCAUCCAAGUUGGCAUGGAAUCGGUGUUGCUCAGCUCUGACCCAGCCUUUCGUGUGGGCUUCAACAGUCUGGGAGCUUUUGCGUCCGUCAAUCAUUUGCACCUCCACGGAUAUUACCUGAAACACAAGCUUAAUAUCGAAUCUACACCUGUCCGGCCACUUCUUCCUGAAAAGGGAUUUUACACUUUAGCGGGGUUUCCUGCAGGUUUUCUGUUCUACACCGAAUCCAAGGGAGCGGAGGAUGUUGCGGGCGCCGUCUGUCAUGUCACUGACUUCCUAAUGGAGGCCAAUGUCGCUCACAACCUCUUCAUGACCAGGGGAUGUCCACCCUGCGAAGAGGAUGACAAGUUACUAAGAAAAGGUGUGCGUAUCGCUGUGUGGCCAAGAGUGGCUUGUUUCGGUACCAAAGAGGAGUCCGCUUUCAACGUUGCUCUAUGUGAGCUUGCAGGACAUCUGCCAUUUAAGAACAAGAAGGACUUUGAGCUCACCACCGAGUCGCAUGUGAUUGAAACCAUUCAGCGGUAUCUUCUACCGCGUGCAGAUUUCCUUCAAUUGGAAAAGCAGCUGACUCAACAUUUAAUGUUACUGUAAGGUUUGGACAAAGCCACAUUGAAUAUUGUUCAUUACUUAUGAUACUAAUAAAUCACGUAAAUCUACA